AUGUUCCAGACGAAGGUUACCAUCACAGGAAUGACCUGUUCGGCCUGUGUAAACUCAAUUACGCAGAAUCUGCAAUCCCUUGAUAGCGUUGAGGAAGUGUCUGUAUCGCUUAUGACUGAGACGGGGACAAUUGUUCAUGGUGACGGAAUUAGCCCAAAAGACAUUAUAGAGGUCAUAGAGGAUUCCGGUUUUGACUGCGAGCUUAUAUCCAGUGAUCCCGUACUAUCCGAACCUGAAAAGGCCUCCUACCAGAAUGAAACAACCGUAAAGUUGCAAGUCAUUGGAAUGACUUGUACAAAUUGUUCCGACACUGUGGAGUCGAUGGUUUCUCAGCUCGAUGGUGUCCUUUCUGCACAUGUUGCUUUAGUCACCGAAGAAUGUGUGGUCAGGUAUCUCCCACGUCAAGUUGGGAUCAGAAAAAUUGUGGAAACAAUCGAAAACUGUGGAUUUGAUGUACUUUUGCUCAACAACACUCUUGUAGACAAGGAAAGUCAACUUAAUAUACUGGCAAAAGUCAAGGAAAUUCAAUACUGGAGGUUGACCUUUGUGCAGAAUCUGAUCUUUGGAGUGCCUGUAUUUUUCUUGGGUCAUAUCUUCCCCAUGAUCACUCAUAAGAAUGUUAAGCUUUUCAAUGGGUUAACGUUAACUGAUUUUAUUCAGCUAGUUUUAGCCUCAUACAUCCAACUUUGGCUAGCCAGAAAGUUUUACACCAAUGCAUACAACUCUUUGCGACAUGGAACCGGUAACAUGGAUUUGUUAAUAUGUCUUUCCACAACCAUUGCUUAUGGCUACUCAAUCAUUACCUUGCUUCAUGCCAUAUUAGGAGCUAACCACACACAGCCCAGUGUACUAUUCGAUACAUCUGCUAUGCUCUUCAUUUUUAUUUCUUUUGGGAAAUUCUUGGAGAACAAGGCAAAAUCACAUAGUUCCACUGCCCUGUCUAAACUACUUGCCCUUUCACCCACUAGUUGUCUGCUAAUUGAGAACUUUUCAUCAGAAAAGGAUAUCGAAUCAACUUCUUUGGUCACGAAGGAAAUUGUUCCAGAGCUGUUGCAACUGAAUGAUAUGGUGCUAAUUCACCCCGGUAGCCGUAUUCCUUGUGAUGGAACUGUUGUUUACGGAAAAUCUGACGUUGAUGAAUCCCUGCUAACCGGAGAGUCUCUUCCAGUUUUAAAAGAAGAAGGUGCCAAAGUCAUUUGCGGCUCUGUUAACAAUUCUGGAGUUUUAUAUGUUAAGGUUGAUAAACUAUCCAGUGAUACCGAAUUGCAACAGAUUGUGGACUUGGUAAAAGAUGCCCAGAUGUCAAAAGCACCGGUUCAAAGAUUUGCUGACUCUGUAUCAUCAAUUUUUGUUCCAACCAUCCUCUCCCUCUCAGUUUUGACCUUCAUUGUCUGGUUCAUGGUCGUCAAGUGUAGAUCAUUCAGUUCUGUCCCUACUUUCUUCAAGGAUGGUGAUCACAUAUCGAUAGAGAGGGUUUUCAAGGUAGCCAUUUCUGUCAUUGUUGUUGCUUGUCCCUGUGCUUUGGGACUAGCUGCACCAACCGCCAUAAUGGUGGGUACUGGUGUUGGUGCUACUAAUGGAAUACUAAUCAAAGGCGGUGAAGUUUUAGAAAAUGCCAGCAGUAUAGAAUGCGUGCUAUUCGAUAAAACAGGCACAAUAACGACAGGUCUGAUGCAACUUAGCAGAUAUUCCUUAAAUCCAACCGUCAGCAAUAUUUCAGAGUCAGAUCUUUGGCAUAUCAUUGGUCGUUUGGAGUCGAACAGCGAGCAUCCUGUUGCCAAAGCUUUAUCAAAAAUCUCGAUGGAAAAGAGUGUUGAAUCGAAACCAGAGAUUACUGUAUCCAAUGUGGAUAUUCAGGUGGGUGCCGGUAUUAAGGCUGACGUGACUAUCAAUGGUGAAGUUCUUAAAGUUUCUAUUGGAAAUGAGAAAAUCUGCUCUACAAUCCAAAGUAAUGAGGAAAUCUGCGGUACGCAUAUUUACGUGCUGAUUAAUGAAGUUUUGCAAGGCUACGUUGAGUUAUCUGACAUGGUCAAGUCUGACUCUGCACAGGUUGUUUCUUAUUUGAUGAGUCAAGGAAUAUCUGUGGCUUUAGUCACAGGAGAUAAUCAGGCUACAGCUGAAAAAGUGGCUUCCAAGGUUGGCAUUUUCAAGUCUAAUGUGUUUGCAAAUGUUUCACCUUCUGAAAAGGCAGGGAUUGUCCAAGAAAUACGGUCUGAAUUUGGAUUUAAGAUAGCUUUUGUUGGAGAUGGGAUUAAUGAUGCACCGGCACUCGUAGAUGCAGACAUAGGUAUUGCUAUUGCAUCAGGCACUGAUGUUGCCAUCGAAGCUGCUGAUAUCGUCUUACUUUCGAACGAUUCCAAUUCUAUUUCAGGAUUAAUAUCGGCGUUGUCAAUAUCCCGAGCUACUUUCAAGAAAAUCAAGAUGAACUUUUUUUGGGCUUUCAUUUACAACGCUUUCAUGCUACCAAUAGCCAUGGGUGUGUUCUUGGUCCCUUUUGGACUCUACUUACACCCCAUGGUUGCCUCUGCUGCCAUGGCAUUCAGUUCCGUUAGUGUUGUCUUGAACUCUUUGCUAUUGAAGCUUUGGAAGAAACCUGAUAUCAGCUCGUUCAAAUUCUCUGCUCCUAACACAUCAAACGACCUGGAUAUUAACACUGAUUUAGAGACUGGUAGCCUCAUCAAAAGGUUCCAAAAAUCCACACCUUCCAAAAAGUAUUUUAAUCUCUUGGACAAACUGAAGUUUUGGAGUUCUCCCACCAGGAAGGAAUCUUAUGAACUACUUGCCCAGUGA